AUACCAAUUUUUUUUAGCUUUCUUAGUUGAGCAUUGGAUCUACUUACGACAUGUCAUUGAACAAGCAGAAUAUCAUUGGAUCUCUCCUCAUCCAAAAACAAACUACGAGAUAAGGCGAUAAGCCCACGUGGCAAAUUGACCAAACCAAUAUCACAUCUUCUCUCACCAAAACCACACUCUCUUCUCCUCUCUCUCUCUCUCUCCACCCAUCCCAUGGCUUCUCUAAUCACCCCCACCACCGCCGCCGCCGCCACCGCCACCACCCCAAAACCCCUAACACCACCUCUCCGAUCACGAGCCACCGCCGCCGCAUCCGCCAACAACCUCACCCCCUCCACCGCCGUGGCGCGCCGCCGCAACUUUCUCUCUCUAUCCGCCCUCGCGCUGUUCCUGGCGCCCGCCGCCGCGCCGGCGCUGGCGGCCUCCGACGAGGAAUACGUGAAGGAGACGGAGGAGGUGAUCAACAAGGUGCGGACCACCAUCUCCCUGGAUAAGACCGACCCCAACAUCGCGACGGCGGUGGCGGAGCUGCGGGAGACCUCCAACACGUGGGUGGCCAAGUACCGGCGGGAGAAGGCGCUACUGGGCCGGGCCUCGUUCCGCGACAUGUACUCGGCCCUCAACGCGGUUUCGGGCCAUUACAUCAGCUUCGGGCCGACGGCGCCGAUUCCGGUGAAGAGGAAGCAGAGGAUCUUGGAAGAGGUGGAGACCGCUGAGAAAGCUCUGUUGAGGGGCCGAUGAUAGAUCGGGCCGGGCCGGUGCCAAAUUAUAUCAUUUUUGGUAUAAUUAUUCUGUAUUUAAAUUUAUAUAUAUAUCUCGUUGAGAAUGUUAUAUAAAAUGAGGAGCACAUUUGAGAUCAA